AUGCCCCAGUCCAGGACUUUUGAGCCUCACAUUCCAUCCACGCCGCCGUCACCAAUGACACAAACCCCUAGUGAGCAUUUGCCCAACUCUGUGGAUUCUAAUCCUCCAGGGCCAGAUCCUUCCGAUGUGGGCUUGCCUGUGGCGACAGGACCCACCACCAUUCCCAAGCCCAAAAAGCCGGUAUACAAAUGUCGCGACCACUCCGACUCUGAUUCGGAAGAGGAGGAGGAGGAUGACCCAGAUAUCCUUCGACCCAACUGUCGAGGCCGCUGGUUCACCUGCCUGGGUGCAGACUACGGUCCCAGAGAUCACAGGUGGUACGGCAUUCAUCCUCGACUUGGGAUGCGAUACGGCCAACUCGACGAAAACCAACAAAAGCUCUACGAAGCGAUUGGACCCGACUACGAGCACGAAGAGCCAACUCUCGCCUUUCUCGAAAAGGCCAAGACGGAGGGCUUGGAGGGCGUCAGCGUUGAGACGUUCAAGGGGAUGAUGGUACCAGGCAACACGGCAGAUGAAUGGACGCUUGGGGUACGGCACUGUGAAAUGGGCCCUAGCACAUACUCGCACGCGAGGAACCACCUGCUCGGCUCAAUGCAUGCUCCAAUUGGGUAUCGGUGCCCUGUGCAAAAGUGUCCUAUAACGACCAAACAGGAAUGGGACAUGAAGCGACACCUGAGGACGAAACACAAAUACAAAGGACCCAAGGCUCCUUUGCAAGAGAUGAUAAAUCAAAUCAGGGCCCACCAGCAACCAGCCUUGAGCCGAGACGUUCCGCAAUCCGCACUUGAUUUGAACCUCUCUGGCGAAAGGCCUCCAAGCGGUCCAGUGGUGAUCGGCAAUCACAACACGGUUCAGAUCAACCCUCCCACUGCUCACUCAGCUACUCAACCCCGACAACAUAACACUGGCCAUCAUGCUCGACCAGCGCCAUAUCACCUGAAUGCCCGUCCCGUUCGUGUACCAAGUCACAGUGCACUCCCGCAACCCCUACCUCAAAACCAGCCUGACAACCUUGGAUAUGCUCCACCAGUUUAUGCACCUCCUGCUCCCUCUUUCUACGACCCUCCGUUCAUUCAGCUACCACCUGCUCCAAUUUGGGCUCCUCAACGACAAUUAACAAGGUCAAUCGUCGCACCUGAUGAACAUUCGGAAGUUUACGGCAGUAUGCAUAACCCGCCUAACCCGCCUUUCAUGCCAGCCAACCAAGUCCCGAAUGGGAACUACGGGAGCCAGCCAUUCGCAUCCGACAAUGAGUAUUUCAACAUGUUCUCUCAGGGAAUUCUCCCUACCUCACGUUCUGGCACUUAUAUGCAUCAGCCUUUUGUUAUGGGGCCUGGGUAUGCUGGAAUGGCCACCAAUCCUGUCCAGUAUCCAGGCAUAAUGUACCCUUCAGCACCCCAGCCUGCAGGCUACCCUAUGUGCGCUCCCCAGAUUCGGCCACUCUCGACAGUCUUGUUCCCCCCCGCGUCUUCUCGCUACUGCUGUAUGACCACUGGUUCACAAUCCAAGAAAGGACAUGGGCAUCUCUCGCCGGUGCCAGAAGUGCACAAUGCGCUCGCCCAGGAAGGCAGGCUAUUUGCCCUCAUCGAAGACACACCUGCCUUGUGUUCCCACACCAUCGAUACAAAUGCCAUGAUUCCGGAUAUCCCGAUCACACCAAUCGACGUUUCGCCACCGAGCCACAGCCAUUCUGACACGGAGGCGACGCCGACGGUCACCCCUUACCAACUGUCAUCCCCCGCUCUCAGUCCUGCUCAGAGCGCGAGCACCCUGAGUGAGACUUAUAGGCAAGCUCUGCUACAGGCGCAGGAGGCUAGUCUAGAUUUGGAGAAAGACUAUUCCGCCUUUUUGGAUAACCUGUCGGAACUGUUGAUGGAGCUCCAAGCACAAGGUCACUCUCCCCAGCGCCCUGCCUCCCAACGUAUGGAGCCGUUUUUCAAAGGGACGCCUCUGCCCGUUCGUACUACGGGCAAGGGCUCAAAGGGUGGAAUGAAGUACCACGAUUGCUGCUGGCCAGGAUGCAAUCUCCAGACAACAUUGCAGAAAUGCAUAGACCAUUUCUUCUCCAAGCACGUAAAGGUUAAAUUCUUCCCUUGUAGCAUUAAGGACUGUGAUCGCGCGUUCACCCGCAAAUUUGAUCUGGACAAACACUUGAGCAAGAUACAUGGCAUCGAAAGGCCUCGUGCAGCGGCUCGUGCCGCCGUGGGAGGGUCCAAAGGCGACAAUCGGAGUGCCCCUUAUUAG